AUGAGACCUCCGGAAUCUCAACCAAUCUUGAAUUUAAUUAUAUUUUUCUAUGGAUUCUCCUUUGUUGAGAGUCAAGUUCUUACUCAAUCAGUUGCCAGAGUCCAAUCUUUUACUCCUUAUGGUCAGCAUGACGGUUACGGUAACUCUCUUUUGUCAUUUAUGCAACUGGUACAACAGAAAUCAUCUGGAAAUCGAAUUCAACAGGUAUUUGAGUAUAAUUUUUUGGCAAUUAAUUAUUUUUUAUAUUGUUUUAGAUGAAUUGAUUGUUAAAGUUUGUCAAAUAGGGCUCAUUUUAGUGUCCUUGCGUUCAUUUGCCGGGAUCUGACAAAUGUGUGACAUACGACUCAAGAUGGCAAGCAGUGUCCAUCGAGGAGGCUAUGAUUUCAUUCGCGGAUCAGACCAUGAAUGGGUUUAAUACGAGAACUAGUGCUGGGAAUGUUAUUGUAACUUUAUUGACUUCAAAUUUCAUACUGUAAUUUAAUAUGAUUCCAGUCUGGAGGAACCUUUUCCUGUACGAGUGUGGAAUGCCGUCAAUGUGUGGCGAUUCUGGCUGUAAGGUUACGUCAGAUCGGCCUUCUCCGCCGCCCUUUGUCCUUCCCCUUCCCCGUUCCAACAGCAGAUCAGAUUAAUCCUGCGUUAUGUCCCAGAUUGAGACUGAGCAAGGGUCAUUCUGUAUGUGAUUUGCCUUUGAUUUUAGAUUGUACCUUAUAAUCUUUAACUAGCUUAUCGUUUAAGGUCCCUCCUCCAAACUCGGUCCCCUCUUGGGCAGCCACGGCCAUUGCCUCAGCGGCCGGUCUUCGGGCUGCGAUCAGUGCGCGACCCCGCUCUUCUUUUGCCGCCCAGGUCGAACAAGUACGUAAGUAGAGAAAGGGAAGGUCAUAAUCACGAGUUUAGAGGAUCAAUGAACAACGAGCAGCCCGAGGAGCACCUUUGAUUGUGUCCAGUAUCAGAUCUAGUGGACAGCAUCAGACAUCCAUCAAUCCGGGGGUUCAAAGUGGAGGAGGAGGAAGCGGUGGAAGAGGUCAAAACGUGGGCCAAGGGGGACAAAAUGGUCAAGGAGGUGGAGGAGGUCGGCCAGGGCAAGGAACGGGAGGCCAAGGCGGCCAGGGUGGCGGACAAAGUGGCGGAUCGGGCGGUGCAUUUGGAGGAGGAUUCGGAGGUGGCUUUGGUGGCGGUAGUCGUGGUCAAGGAGGCCGAGUAAGUCCAGUUACCGGUGGAAAGUUAGGACUUUGUUAUUUCACAUGAAUCAUUUUCAGGGAGGAGGGUCCAAUCGCGGAGAAGGAUCCACAGGAGGAAACCGGGGAAACUCCGGCGGCCGAGGAUCUGGCGGCCGAAGAACGGGCCCAGGACAAAGUCAGAAUCAAGGCGGAGGAAGAGGAAAUCAGUCCGGAGGUGGUCGCGGAGCUCAAGGCGGCAAUUCAGGAGGAGGCGUUAACUCAGGAAACGCCGGCGGAGGAAGAGGCGGAUUCAACGGAGGAGGGAGCCUGGGUGGGGGAAGAGGUGGAUUCAAUGCCGGAGGAAAUCUUGGAGGAGGAAGAGGCGGAGCAAAUACUGGAGGAACCGUAGGGGGAGGAAGAGGUGGGAUUGAUACCGGAAUCAGCAUUGGUGGAGGUCGGGGAAAUCUCGGAUUCCAAGGAAGUGGCCAAGCUCGAGGAGGCCAAGGCCAGGUGAAUCAGGGAGGUGGAGUGAGAGGACAAGUUCCCAGACCUCAGUUGCCAAGCACGCCAAGGCCCCAAUUCCCGAAUACCCCGAGGCCACAAUUUUUCCAACCCCGACCCCAACUCCCUCAAACUCCGCGACCUCAGUUCUUCCAACCACGACCUCAAAUACCCCAAAUUGUACAGCAAACCCCAGCACAACAAUUCCCUAACUUCCAACAGCAACUGCCUCAGCCUCAACUGCAACCACAGCCUCAGCUUCAGCAACCUCAAUUCCAAAGUAAGCCGAAAUUCUUGACUCCGUUUUGUGAGAUGGAAGCAACCUUUGGGGCAAUAUAUUUUAAUGCUUAAUGUUUUCACCUGACAAAAUCCGCCUAUUUCAGCUCAGCCCACAUGGAACCAGCCCACUUUCCAGCAACCGACUUGGUCCCAGCCCCAGUUUCAACAAGGGUUUGGUCCGAGUGCAGGCCAAUUGAUUGGCCACGGGGUUUUCGAUGCCGUUCAAAGCGGUAUUGCGGCAGGGCCCGCCGCAGGUGGUGGAAGCGGUGGCGCAGGAAAUGGUGGCUUCGGUGGAACAUCGGCUGGUGGGUUCGGCGUUCCUGGCGGAGGAUUUGGCACUCCCGGGAUCGGCGGAGCCGCGCCAGGUGGUGGUUUUGGUGGUGGAUUUAGCGGUGGAUUUGGAGGAGGAUUCGGUGGUGGAGGAGGAGGCGGUGGAGGAAGAGGAGGAAUGUUUGGAGGAUUCAAAGCUCGAGCCAAGAGAGAAGUCAAGACCCCGUUACUUGGUCAGCAUUUAUAACACUUGUUUAUAUGAGGAAUGACGUCCUCAAUGAUUGUAAAUUUUUAGGGGAGCGUUUUGUCAUCAACUGUAUUGAGAAAGGAGACAUGGAAGACGAGGACCCGGACUUUCUGAGUCUAUGUACAUUAUGCUGGACAUGGCGACAACUCCCUGAAGAUUACUUCCCGAGGCUGGUCAAUGAACUGGUCUGUCACGAGAAUGAGUUCUGUUUGUCAGGUUAGAGAUUAGGAGAUUAUAACGAACAUAAUUUAGGUUGGGGAGAAUGCCAUCAAAGGUAUCGUAAUAUAGAUGUGUUGCGUAAAAUAAAUGGAGAUUGGAAGCCCACAACGAUCUCUUCGGCCAGUUGCUGCGAUUGUAAAGUAAAGGCCGGCUCAGAAGCGCAUGCUCUUGUGGUGGGCGAGAAUAUUCGAAAGUAG